AUGGGUAUAGCUUUAUCACUUCCCUUCCUGGCCGUGCCGUCGCUGGCAGGCCUUUCCGGAUGGGCUCUCAGUUGUUGUGGUGCUGCCGCGGUCUCAGGAUUAUGUCGCAUGUGUGGGACAUGUAGCUCUUCCAUAGCGACGAGAGUUGCAUACGCCCUACUUCUCUUGGUCAAUUCUUUGCUAUCGUGGGUGAUGCUGUCUGGCUGGGCAAUCAAGCAGAUAGAGCAAAUCACCCUGAAUUACAUGCAAAUCACUUGCCCUACGGGUGGGAAAUGCUAUGGUGUUCUGGCGGUUCAUCGCAUCAACUUCGCAUUGGGCAUGUUCCACCUCGGAUUAGCUCUGCUGCUUCUCGGCGUCCGGUCAACGCGCAAUCGAAGGUCUACUAUUCAGAAUGGCUGGUGGGGCCCGAAACUUGUUGUCUGGGCUGUUCUGAUCGUGCUGAGUUUCUUCAUCCCGAAUGGUUUCUUUGUCUUCUGGAGCAAGUACAUUGCUAUCCCUGGCUCAAUCGUCUUUAUUUUCUUCGGUCUGAUCUUGCUUGUUGAUAUGGCACAUGAGUGGGCAGAAAAGUGUCUCGAAAACUAUGAAGAGAGCGAGUCCAAGACAUGGCAAACGCUCCUCAUUAGCUCGACCCUGGGCAUGUUUGUCGUUACGAUUGUGCUCACGGUACUCAUGUUCGUGUUCUUCGCGAGAUCGGGAUGUGGCUUGAACAAAGCUAUCAUAUCUGUCAAUCUUGUGCUUGCUGUCAUCUCAACGCUUAUGUCAAUCCACCCUGCUGUGCAGGAACAUAACCCUCGCUCUGGGCUUGCACAAGCAGGAAUGGUCUCUGCCUAUGCGACAUAUCUGAUCAUGUCCGCUGUUGCCAAUGAGCCCAAUGACAAACAAUGCAACCCGCUGGUGCGGUCUGGGGGUGCCCGUACAGUCACAGUAGUUAUUGGGGCUGUGUUCACGUUCCUCGCGAUCGCGUACUCAACAACCAGAGCUGCAACGCAGACUUCUUCUCUAGGAAACAGGCGCGGUCAGGAGUACGAAGCAUUGGAACCGGACGCAUACUAUCAUAGUCUCAUCACCUCUGAGCCCUCGUCAAGAGCAGCCAUGCGUGCUGAGGCACUCCAACGCGCUGUUGAAAGUGGUGGUCUGCCAGCAUCGGCGCUCGAUGACGAUCUUGACAACGAAUCAGACGAUGACAAUGAGCAGGACGAUGAAAGAGCCGCCGUCAGAUACCAUUAUUCUGUGUUUCAUGUCAUCUUUUUCUUGGCGACGUGUUAUACGGCGCUUCUGCUUACCAACUGGGGGACAAUGAAAAUUGAGGACGAAGACAACGAAAGAUUCGUCGUCAUUGGAAGGAACUAUGCGAACGUUUGGCUCAAAGUCGUAAGUAGCUGGGUGUGUUACGCUCUUUACGUUUGGAGUUUAAUCGCGCCAGCUGUCAUGCCCGAUAGGUUCUAG